AUGGCUUACCGUGCCAUGCCGGGUCUCUACAGGGACAUCGGCAAAGCUCUGGACAAGCUGCUUCAACAAGCACAAGGUGAGCUCUCCAUCGAAGGCGCUAUGAGGUGGGAACGCACCUUCCGACAACUGGAGAGCAUGGUCUCGGACAUAAGUCUGGGACGACAGCAAGACGAGAAGCUCAUCACUACGCAAGGCAUCCAGAAGCUCCAAAAGCAUCUCAGACUAGCUUGGAAAUGCCGGCGACAGGCUGCACGAGAGCGCGCCAGUUCACGCCUUCGCCGCAUCCGAUCAGGAGCGAAGCCCAAAGCACCUGGGUACUCGCCGACGAAUCGUGCACUGCUCACCAGCCUCCUUGCCUGA